AUGCCUCCAGAAUUGCCUAUCGAACUCGAGGAGCCCUCGGAAGUGUAUCCUGGACCUGACGAUUCAGGAUUUCAUCCAGAAACGGCACCAUGUACACCACUCGAGAAGCGGGAGGUGGAGUACGAACGCUGUAUGAUAGAUAGUGCUGAAGAGUUGGAUUUGGAACCAGGCGUGUAUAUUCAUGAAGGAAGCGAGAUGCUGGCACAAUUGCGAGACCAGUUGCUCAAGUUGAAAGAAUUGAGUGAAUUGCAUCCAGAAUGUGACAUCGAUCAGGCCGAUGUGGGAUAUGAGCUCCAUCGGAAGAUUUUCCUGGGAGACGGAAAGGCCGCGCCGGCUCCCGUCAGAGGGGUAGUAUGUGACCUCGAUGUGGGAGAUGCCAAACCCAUCGCGUUACGCCCAAGGUUGAUUGGUCCGCACGUAGCAGUCAAGGUGCAUGAACCGCUCAAGAAAUUGCUCGAGAACAAUCAGAUUGAACAUUCCAAAUUGCAAUGGGCAUCUCCGAUCGUGAUCGUACUCAAGAAGAAUGGGGUGGGCAUCAGGAUUUACCCGCAACUUCUCAUCGAAGACUUGUUAGUCGGUUUCGAGAAAGCAGUCUGGUUCAUGGGCCUGGAUAUGGCCAGCAGGUUCUGGGUAAUCGGGAUGACUGAAAGGUCAAGUUGA